CCGACACUGCGCUCGCUGUACCGGCACACCGCGAUGGAUACAGAUCAAAUCUCAGCCGUCGAUCUCCCUUUCCCUCCCCUCCUCCCCGCCGUCCAAAACCACAUCCCACUUCUCCCCCCGACGACGCGCCAUGAGACCACCUCCUCCCGUCCGAAGAAAGCCCCGCCGGCCCUUGUCUUGCUUCCGCGCCUUAUCCUGCUCCAGCUCCGCCGCACCGGGGCCACACCACCCCCCUCCGCCGCCCGGCGCCGCUGCCUCCGCUGACGACGACAUCCCCCUCCUCCGCCGCAACCUUGCCCUCCUUCUAUCCCGGCCCUCCCUGGACGCCACCCUCUGCCGGGAGACCCUCGCCCGCCUCUCCCCUGGCCGCCUCGACCGCCUCCUCCUCGAUCUCCGUCCGGCGAUCAAGCCCCGCCCCGCCCUCCGCUUCUUCUCCUUCGCCUCCGACCGCUGCGGCUUCCGCUUCACUCCCCGAUCCUACUCCCUCCUCGUCCACGCCCUCCUCCGCUCCAACCACGUCGCCGCCGCCCGCCUCCUCCUCAUCCGCCUCAUUGGCGGCGGCACCGGCAGUAACCUCCCUCUUCUCCUCGACGACCCCAGCCACCGAUUCGCCGAGAUCGUUCGCGCCGUCGCCGACACCGUGUCAGCCGAUGAGCCACCCUCCGGUGCGCUCGAUACCCUGGUUCACGUUUGCUGCACCCAGUUUCGAUUCGACGGCCCGAAGCUGGCCGUCGUGGCAUUCAAGAUCCUCGUCGAUCGAGGGCUCUGCCCAUCUCUCAAGACCUGCAAUUUCCUUCUGUCCUCGCUAGCUAGGGCCAGUGAUUGCAAAAAUGCGUGCAUGGUGUUUGAGGGAAUGCGACAGAUUGUUUUCCCAGAUGCUUACUCGUACACUCCUCUCAUUGACGUCCUCUGCAAGAACCACGAGGUCGAGGAGGCGAUCAAAUUGUUCUCGGAUAUGGAAAGCUCGGGAGUUUGUCCCACUGUCGUUACUUACAAUGUGCUGAUCGAUGGGCUCUGCAAGAAGAGGAUGUUGGAUGAGGCAUUUCGGUUCAAGGAGAAGAUGAUGAGGAGCUCGGUGAAUCCGAGCGUUAUCACAUUCAGUGUUCUCAUCAAUGGCUUGGUUAAAUCCAAUAGGUUUGGAGAUGUGGAGUGUGUCCUAAAGGAGAUGGAAGAGAUAGGUAUUGCGCCAAAUGAUUUUAUUUAUAAUACUCUGAUUGAUGGGCAUUGUAGGAUGGGGCAGUGUUCAGAGGCUUUGAGGUUAAAAAAUGAGAUGGUGGUGAAAGGGUUGCAGCAAAAUUCAGUUACUUAUAAUGUGCUUGUCAAUGGCUUGUGUGUGGCAGGGGAGAUGCAGCAGGCUGAGUAUCUCUUGGAUGAGAUGCUGUCAGGUGGAAUGGAAAUAAAUGUUGGGCUAUUUAAUUCGAUCAUUUUCUACCUUGUUACAGAUGAACUAAGAUUGGACUCUGCAGUGAGGUUCUUGAGGGAGAUGUUGUUGAGGAAUUUAAGACCGAAUGAUUCUUUAAUGACAUCAAUGGUUAAGAAGCUAUGUGAGAACGGGAAGCAUCAUGAGGCAAUUGAUAUUUGGUUAGAAUUGCUAGUGAAGGGUUUUGGUGUGAACACCAUGGCUUCCAAUGCUUUGAUUUAUGGGCUAUGUGUGUCAGGAAACAUGAAAGAGGCAGUUGGGCUUCUCAGGGCAAUGCUUGAGAAAGGAUUGGCUUUGGAUAGGGUGACAUACAAUACUCUGAUUUCAGGAUGUUGUAAAGUGGGGAAAAUGGAUGAAGGGUAUAAGCUUAGGGAGGACAUGAUUAAAAGAGGGUUUAAUCCUGAUAUUAUUACCUAUAAUACAUUAAUACAUGGAUUAUGCAAUUUGGGUAGGAUGCAAGAGGCCAUUGGGCUUCUGCAUGAACUUAAGAAUGAGGGUUUGGUUCCGGAUCUUUUCACAUUUAGUACAAUGAUAGAUGGUUAUUGCAAGGCUAAGGAAGUCCAUAAAGCCAAAGUCUAUUUGAACGAGUUGGCUAGCUGGGGCUUAGAACCAAACAGUGUCAUCUAUAAUUCACUUAUUGGUGGUUACUGUAGGGAUGGUAAAAUUUCAGAGGCUUCCAAUCUUCUUGAUGAAAUGAAAAAUAAAGGAAUUGUACCUACUUCUGUGACUUACUCUACCCUUAUGCAUGGUAUGUGCAAUGUUGGUAAUGUAGAAGAGGCUAAGAACUUGAUUUUGAAAAUGAGAGAGGAUGGUUUGGCAUUGAAUGUUGUAACCUAUACUACGCUUAUUUGUGGUUAUUGUAGAAUAGGUCAAAUGGAUGAAGCUAUCAAAGUGCUUGAGGAAAUGCAUGCUAGUGGGUUAGCCCCGAAUAAGGUUACUUACACUGUCCUGAUGCAUGGGUACUGUGAAAUGGCAAACUAUGAUGCAGCAGCUAAACUUCUAGAUGAAAUGCUGGAUAAUGGUAUUGCUCCAGAUGCUGUCACUUAUAACACAUUAAUGUCUGGUUUUUCGAAGGAAGGUAGAAUGGAGGAGGCUUUUAAGAUAUCUGAUUAUAUGACCCAAAAAGGUGCGGUGUUGGAUGAGGUUUCUUACACUACUUUGGUUCAUGGAAUAACUAGUACUGGAUGCCAAAAGGAAGUUGCUUCCAUAUCUAAAGGAAGCAUUAUUAACCAGGGAAUUGGACCUUAACAUGUCAAGCUGUCUUCAUGGCCAACUGAAGUUGAACAACUACCUUUAAAAGAAAUUAUAUGCAUCUAAUGCAUACAUCAACAUGCGGUGGAGAGUUUCCCUUGGACUGCAAUCCUAAGGCGAACUUGUGCUUAUGUUCACCAGCCAUAAGCACUGAGCACCCCUUCCAUUUUGGAGAUGGCGUUCAUGAAGGUAGACAUUGAUGGUGUUCAUGAAGGUAGAAUGGCUGGCAUUCAUAUCUGGCUGAUGAUUAAAGGCUGACAGGCAGCCUACUGGAGAAACAUGGAAAGUUACUCAUUGCACAGGCUGGAAAACAUAGCACAUAUGAGGGUAUCGUUCCAGCUUAGGAUUUCAAUUUUGAACUCAAAGGAACCAUCAGCCAAGCAUCAUUGUCAAUCUCAAAAAUAAGUGGUGCACUCCCUCGGCAAGCAUUAAGAAGUUAUUAAGGGACAAGAUCAUAGCUGGUGUAUCUAAAGGUUCGGCUUCACCCUCUUUUCUUAUCUUGCCUAACCUGAUGCUAAUAUAUACUGAACCUAAAAGUUGCAUGACUUGGUAGUUGGUAUAAAUUGAUGCUUUUGUACUUCUGGAUCAACCAAACAUCUUUGUAUUCUUUUAUCUAGUCUACAGUCUUGAGUCGUUGGGAAGAUAUUUGAAUUAUUGCUGUAAUGCUUAUCUGAUAUUACUUUAUAGAGCUGGAAUUUACUCCAAGCACUUGUACAUCUUUAAAUUAUUUCUAGUUGGAGUUUAUCGUCUUUGGAACUCAUGUACCGGCUUCACACAAGUCAGCCAUAGCAUGUGGAUAAUUGGCUGACUAUAUAUUGAUUUGCUGCUAAGUGGCUGACUAUAUAUUGAUUUGCUGCUAUACUCCAGACAACUUUGGUAUGGACAUAUUAGCUGCUGCCCGCAUGAGCUAAACAAUAGCUAAGAUGCUUGUCUAAGUUGAACGUUCCUAAACUACUUCCAGAUUUGAAGUGUUUUUCUCCAUAUAAUUUUAGAUCACGUUAAAGUAUUGAUCUUUUGCAGAGAAAACAAUGCAGCUUAGCUUCCAUGCACUUUGAUGUUCAUCCAUGCCCCCGGCUGUUUCCAAACAGAUCGAUAGCACCAAAGGUUCUCAUUUUUUGGCUCUCCAGACUUAUUUUCUGGUUCCGAUGUCAGCAGAUAAGCUCGGUUUAUAACUAUUGAUAUGUGGAAAACCAUUAGUGUUGCACUUUUUUUUUGUAACAGUUGAAUGUCUAUGUUCUAUGCUUAUACAAUACCAACUGCCAUGCCAAAAUUUCU